CACCACGAAUGGACCUACGAGGAGCAGUUCAAGCAGCUCUAUGAACUGGAUGAGGACCCGAAACGCAAGGAAUUCCUGGAUGACCUCUUUGGCUUCAUGCAGAAGAGAGGAACACCAGUGAACCGCAUCCCCAUCAUGGCCAAGCAAGUGCUGGACCUGUACACGCUGUACCAGCUGGUGACAGACAAGGGUGGCCUGGUUGAAGUCAUCAACAAGAAGAUCUGGCGGGAGAUCACCAAGGGCCUCAACCUACCUACCUCCAUCACCAGUGCUGCCUUCACCCUCCGUACACAAUACAUGAAGUACCUGUAUCCAUACGAAUGUGAGAAGCGGGCGCUCAGCUCUCCCGGAGAGCUCCAAGCUGCCAUCGACAGCAACCGUCGGGAGGGGCGCAGGCAGACUUUUGGCACGGCACUCUUCAACUACUCACCAGCCAGCACCCCAACCCUGCUGGGCACCCCCAAAAUGCCUCUGCCAGCUCUUACCAUCUCCACUCACAGCUGUGGCCAGCUCAGCCAAGUGCACAGCGUUAAGAAAGAGGACGGAAUGCUGGCAGCAUCAGUGCCAGGGCGCAUUGCUAUCCCAGUGGGACUGGCCAGCCACCAUCUCACAGCAGCCCAAGCAGCAGCUGCCUCACAGGCAGUGGUGCUGGAGCAACUGCGGGAGAAGCUGGAGACAGGGGAGCCCCCAGAGAAGAAGGUGGCCCUGACAGCAGAGGAGCAGCAGCGGCUGGUGCAACAUGCGCUUCAGCACAACCUCCUGGCCAUGGCCUCCCAGUUCCCCAUGAACAUCAAGAUCUCUAACCGAGAUGACAGACAGGAGACCGCAUUGAACCUGUCCACCAACAGCAUUAGCAGUAUCAACAUGUCAAUAGAAAUAAAUGGAGUUGUCUACACAGGUGUCCUGUUCGCCCGCCGGCCCUCAGCCACCCUGGCACCUGGUGGAGGGAGCACCCAGACCCGUCCAAACCCCAUGCCUGCCCCAAACCCUCUGCUCCCAGCCUCCUCUCAAAGCCACACUCCCACUAGCACCUCGCUGUAAGGCAGAUGUGCCCCUACCCUGAGAGCAGCUGGGGAUGCCCAGAGUCUGGGGGACUGAGCUGUGGGACCCAGCUGGGCCACCAGGGUGGGAUGGGGGACCCAAAGGUGCCUCUUGCUGCAAUACUGAGCUGCGUCCAUGCAAGGCUGUGAACACCCACUUGGGCCCUUUUGUCCCUUAUCCCCAUGUGUGCCCUCUGACACACACACAUACACACAUUCCUUCCCAAGGCACCACCCCCAGGUGACCCUCCCAUACAUCUCCUGCUGCCCUGAUGCCUGGGGGACCCCCAGGACCUGCAUGCUGCAUCCCCUACAUCCUGCAGCCCCUAACCCACCUCGCUGCACGCACUGCUGCCCCUUUACACCCCUCAAUGCAUACCCUGUAUCCCCUGCACACACCCUUGGUGCCCAUGCUGCCUCUCCCUGCACACCCUCCAUGCAAACACUGCAGGCACGAUAUGUGCAGCCCCUAAAAAUUGUAGCCCCUAUACACUGCAGCCCCGAUAUACAUACUGCACCCCCUGCCCACUGCAGACGCCCCUACCCAGUCCUCCUGCGCUGCCUGGGCUUGCUGUCCCUGCCCUGAGACACCCCAGGGUGGUGGCAUCUCAGCCCCCCAGGUCCUCAGCUCAGGGGGAUCACCCUGGGGGGGGAAAA